AUGUUCAUUCGUGAUAAGGGCAUGUCCAAGCAACGAAAGAGGAACCGGAACCGAUCAUUAUUCUUCUGUAUAGGACACUCCAACGCAUGGACGACCCCAAUACACAAGGUAAUCAACGACCUCAAGAAGAGCCAUGGCCUCGAAUGGAUCAGAACGUCUAUGUCCUACCAUCGUUUCACCAACCUGCGAGAGAUGUUCAUGGGCGACCUAUCAAGGAAACUCACCAAUGACGUCAUCUCCACCGAGUUCCAAAAUGAAACCUGCAACUGCAAGCCAGGAAAUAAGAAAGACGGCCAAUGCCGAUUUGACGACCGCUGUAGAAACAAACUGGUCAUAUACUGCAUCAAAUGCAUAAACUCAGGCAAGGAAUACGUUGGGGCAACCCAACGAAACGUCAAAGAACGAACAUACCAACACUUCACCGACGUCAUGCGUCUCCUCUACGGAAAACGCAAGUCAGAUUCAUACGCAAGACACUUCGCCAACGAAUUCCAAAACUUCGCACAUCCUUCACCAUUCCGACUUAACGGCGACAUUCAAAGGAACAGCAUCGAAAUUAGCAUCAUAUGGCAAGGCAACCCCAUCAGCACUGUCAAGACCUUCGGGACACGACACUGCAGCCUAUGCAACAGGGAGCGACUCGAGAUACUGAAACGAUCCAGAGAAUCGCCAGAAAAGCUGAUCAACUCCUGCAACGAAAUAUACGGAGCAUGCCGACAUAAACCUCGAUUUCAUAAGUACCACAAUAGCCCAAGCACUGAUGAUUCCCAAGGGGGAUGA